ACGGCUUCACUCCCCUCACCUAAAGCUCGGGUUAUCGCUUCGUUCCCCUAUUCCUAUGUCCAUGGAUCGAAUAUACCAAAAUUUGCGGCAUCAAAGUAAUUCACCGAAACAUCUGAUCGUAGUUCGCCAAAAUAUUUGUGAUCUUACAAGGUUAUGCGGAUUUUUCGUGCGGUCCAAUACCGCGGGUGUCACCGAUAUUUACGAUAGUGGCGAAAUAUAUCGAAGACACGCGCAAACACCUGAUGACGGUUUCGUUAAAUUAUGACGAGUCUUCGGUAUCGCACUGUUUGCUUCAUUUUGGUUCUUUCUACUUUAAUUCACGUCAAAGUGGACGCGCGGGAUAUUUCGAAAACUCAGCAUUUUUCUGAUACAAAAUUUAAUUCAAAUGAAUAUUUGGAAUAUCCUGACAAUGAAGAGGUAGAUAGAGAAGCCUUGGAACAAUUGGAUCAAACGCAACACUCAAAAGAUACCUAUUUGACAGAUGGUGAGCUUAUUAAUCAUCCUGAUAAACAAGAAUCGAUAGUUCCAAAUAUCUUGGACAAAAAUAUAGUAUGGGAUCGACAAUGGGCUGCACAAUUGAAUCUUACUCAAGUGUCAGCUAUUUCCAUGGAUCCAAGCGGCAAUAUUGUUAUAUUUCACAGAGGGGAACGAGUUUGGGGAUUUGAUACUUUCGAUAAUGCAAAUAGGUUUAAUCCUAUUAAUGGGCCAAUAGCACAAAACACGAUUAUACUUUUAGACAAAAGCGGAAAGAUAGUAUUAGAAUGGGGCAAGAAUAUGUUUUAUCUUCCUCAUGGUCUAACUAUCGAUCAGUUUGGAAAUUAUUGGAUUACUGAUGUAGCAAUGCAUCAAGUAUUCAAGUUUGACGCUCAAAACAUAGAAAAGCAUAUGGAUAAAUUGAAACGCGCACAAUUUAGCACGGAAACAAGCAUGUCUGACCGUUAUGCCAAUGUAUUAUUCGAAAAUAGCAUACUAAAACCAUCCAUAACUCUGGGAGUGGCUUUUGAGCCUGGAAACGACGAGAUCAGAUUUUGUAAGCCGACUGCUGUUGCUGUACAUACCAAUGGUGACUUUUUCGUCAGCGACGGAUAUUGCAAUUCUAGGAUAAUCAAGUUUAAUAAGAAGGGACAACGGAUUUUACACUGGGGACGACACUGGGGUGCUGGGGGACCUGUCUACUCGCAAUUACCACCGGCGAACGCAUUUGUCGUCCCACAUGCUUUAGCAUUAGCGAGCGCAUUGAAUUAUAUUUACGUUGCUGACAGAGAAAACGGCCGAGUCUCGUGUUUCUUUGCCAGCAACGGUACAUUCCACAAAGAAUAUAGGCAUCCCGUUAUCGGUACAAAAAUCUAUAGUGUUGCUUACGCUCGAGAAAAAUUAUACCUAGUCAAUGGACCCGAUCCGUAUACGCUACAUCCUGUACCAGUACGAGGUUUCGUGCUUGACAUCCAUUCUGGGAAAGUACUCUCAAUAUUUGCACCUAAGGAAAACAUGAUCAAUCCACACGAUCUCUACGUGACGGAAGAUGGUGCCGAAAUAUAUGUAGUUGAACUAAAUAAUCACAAAGUUUACAGAUUUUUACAAGGUGUAAAUGAUUCUACGCAUUCUGAGAAUUUAGUGUCUACCAAUCACCGUCGACCUAAGAUUUUAAUACAUCCUGACACUAAAGAUGCAGAUACUGAGAAAAGUAAUAUGACAAAAAUGAUUCUAGGUCUUGGUUCACUGGCCAUUUCUUUUCUUAUAAUAUGCGUCGCAAUUGCUGCUAUUGUAGCAAGAUGCCAAAAAAGAGGAUGUUUACUCACCAUGCGGAAAAGGAUGCGUUGGGAAGCGGAGAGACGGGAGAAUUUCAAGCUAUCUAGCCUGCUGGAAAAUCGUCGUGGUCGGAGUUUCAAAUUUUUGGAGAAGCGGCCAAAUACUCGGGAUUUCAAUAAGCUGAGUACAGAGCCGGAAACCUCAGAGGACGAGCGUCCCGAGAACAGCCUUGCGAAGGUAAUUUAAGACAUGUAGCGCAAAUACCGAAAUAUCGCGUCAGUAUUACCGAACCGAACAACAAAUUUACACCCGUACGCUCGCCGACGUCCGACAUGAUCGCGAAAUGGGCGCGAAUUGUAUUUUCAUUUGAAGUUUGGACGCCAACGCCGACGAUAGCCGAGUGCGACCGACGAUAAGUCGCGAACAUUCCAGCGCUUCGGCUUACUUACGAACGCACGUAUAGGGUGAGUUGUUUGACAUUACCACUUGGUGUAACAUUUACCAUGAAAGAUUUUAGCGAAGAAAUACUAGAAAUAGAUGAAGAGAUGCCGUAUAAAAGCAAAUCAAGCCGUAACCGCAAACCGAAAUUAGAUACAUUGAUCAAAUUGCAAUAGAGUCACAUUCGUUGUAGUUUUACUGAGCCUUAUGU